AUGGGCCUAUUUGACAAGUUCUUGUGCACCUCGGCGACACCGUGCACACCUUUCGGCACGGGUUAUCUUCAAUUGGCAGACCGCGUUCAUGUUCAUUUCCAGUCCGAUGUUAACGCGCAGACUGAGAUGUGGACGACAUUGGCAGAUGGAAAUACCAUCGAAAUCGUGGAGCCUAGCAUAUGGAUUCAUGUCUGCAGCAUCGACGUCGCGACCUACGCGAAGGUAAGUGUGUCGGACACGAGCGCAGCCUUGGCGAUGGCAGGCUGCACGCCAAUGGCACCAGCACCGACGCCAGCACCGACACCAGAAUCAACGCACGCACCGACGCCAGGUCCGACGCCGGCACCCACCUCAACGCCUUCACCAGCACCUACACCAUCGCCGACGCAACCACCGACACCAGCACCGACACCAGCGCCGACGCCAUUGCCGACGCCAGCGCCGACGCCAGCACCGACACCAGCCCCGACAUCAGCGCCGACACCAGUGCCGACACCAGCGCCUUCGCCAGCGCCGACGCCAGCACCGACUCCAGCGACAGCAGCACCGACACUAGCACCAACGCCAUCACCGACACCAGCACCACCACCACCAACACCAUCACCCACCCCAACACCGACGCCAGCACCUACGCCAGAACCAUCAUCGGCACCAACACCAGCGCUGACACCUGCACCUACGCCAGAAUCACUACCACCGACGCCAUCACCGACACUGACACCGACACCAACACCGACACAAGCGCCGACGCCAGAACCAACAUCGACACCGGCACUAGCACCAACACCAGCAUCGACACCGUCACCGACACCAGCGCCGACACCAGCACCGACGCCAGAAUCGACACCAUCACCGACAUCAUUACCAAAGGUUGCUGCCGAGUACUCCGCGGACGAAAUUCUUCCACUUGGCGUGACUGCGUCUGACCUCAUGGCUUCUACUGUCUACAAGGCUGCCAAGAAGGAGGGCUUAGCUUCCGCUCUGUCCGUGCCCGCCUCCGACAUCACCAUCACAGGUUUCACCUUGGGUGUUCGCCGGCUCCACGUUGCUACCGGCCAGCUGUUGGGCUUUGAUGAGGUGGAGCUCACCGACGGCGCAGUCCUUGUGUUGACCAGCUUCGAGGUGGAGGCUGCUGACAUCAGCACUGCCACCGCCCUCUCCACCACGAUUGCUGGAGCCUCUUCCGCCGUCAAGGUCCACACUGACAAUGCCAUGGCUGUCGCCGACUGGAGCGGCGAGCCGUUGAUCGUCACCGCUCCGUCGAUGACGGCCGUGGUCAUGGCCAGCCCGACCGUGGUUGUACCCACGCCGGCACCGACGCCAGAACUCCCACCAAACAGUGGCCCCAACAUUGGCCCAGUCUCUGGCGUGGGCGACCCCCACCUCACCAACAUGUAUGGCGAGCGGUUUGACGUCUACAGGACGGGGGUUAUCAUCCUGUUGCAGAUACCGCGAAUGGUGGGUCCGCAGGAUACGCUGCUGCAUCUGGAGGCCGACGCAAGGCGCCUGGGCGAUGCGUGCUCUGAGGUGUUUUUCCAGACUGUGAGAAUAUCUGGGGCUUGGACGAACCAGAGUGCUGGGAUAACCUUCUUCGCGAAGUCGAGCGACAGGCCCAACAGAAUGGCGUGGACGCGAUUCGGCAGGAUCGACGUGAAAGUGGUGAACGGUAAGACUCGCGAGGGUCUCGAGUACCUCAACGUUUACGCGAGGAAGCUUGGGAAGGCCCAACAUCCAGUCGGCGGUCUCCUCGGGGGUGACACGGACGCCACGGCCACGACCCCCGAGGAGAGGUGCGCUCACGCCAUGGCCCUUGCCGCGUAUUGA